AUGUACAAAGCCGAAAUCUUGCAAAAAAUCAAAUCGGUGGCAGAAGCCCAUAAGAAUAAAGUCAAAGAUGAGUCCUUCCUAAACAUCGAAUGCGAGGAUUGCAAAACAUUCGGACAUUUGAACAAGGCAUACCAUGAAUGCAAGUUUUACAAAGCAGUUUCUGCGCGUGAUGUUGGAAGUAGCGGCAAGAAACGUAAGCAAUCAGCUAAAACCAAGGAAGAAAAGAAGCAAACAACUGGAGAUAUUAGGGUCAUUCUACUUCUCGUUCCCUCGAAUGGAAAAGUUGCCAAGGGUUAUACAGCCCAACUCGAACAAUUCUGCAAAGUCUUCAACUUCAAAAAGUUAGGCUUCAGAAGUGUUGCUGAGCUUAAGACAAACACAAGUGUGCUCUUCCCGAACCUGAUUCGAUCUGAUGGCUUCACUGUAGACUUUUUAUUUAGUCGUAAGAAGAAACCAAAAGAAGACGCCAUUAUUGAUCAUCAUGACUUGACGUUGGAAGGCUUCUCAUAUGCAGAGAUCACAGCAAACUACAGACCCGCAUUUGUUGAUCCUGGUCGAAAGACCGUAUUUACAGCAGCGAUCGGGUUAGAAACAGAAAGACAUGAGAUACGACGCUGCUCAACAAAAGAAUAUUACCACAUGACGGGUAGUACUAGUAUCAAUUCAAAAUCAGAAAGGAAAAAAGCCAAUUGUACGAUAAAAGAUAUAGAAAGCAAUAUACCGAGUUGCAAAACAGGCUCGCCUGAACAUUAUGAAAUAUAUACUACUUAUAUACUGCAACAUUUAGAGACUCUGUUCUCAUUCUACGGGUCUGAUAUGGGUGAAACAAGAUUCCGUCUGUAUCAAGGCAGCAAGCGUGCUGCAGAUAUGAUGGUGAACAUGCUUGUUGAUGGAGGUCUCAAAUACGACAAAGAAUUACGGAAAAAAGAAGGGAAGAACAGAUGAAAUGGCCAAAGAAGAAGGGCAAACCUAAACUUAGUAAAACAAGAAAAAAAAAAAGAAACCGAAAGAGAAAGAGAAGCAGGAAGAAGAAGAGAAAAAGGAAGAUAACCAUGUUCGGUAAAUCUUGUAG